UCGGCUCUAUAUUAGGACAUACAAAAAUUCAUGUAAACGCCGUGUUGUAAAUAUAUUACAUUUUCACGAAUUAGGUGCGUUCCGGUUGUUACGAUUUUUUCAUCUCAUCACUGAGUAAACCCAUAUUUUUUCGUAAAGACUAGUUGAGCCAUGAAUUCAAUUUCAACAUUAGUUAUUUUCUGUGCCUGCCUUUACGUGACAAAUGGUUAUUCUUGCGGACCUUGCAACCUCGAGGAAUGCGAAGCUCCUCCUUGUGAAGGGUCUACAGAACUAGAUACUUGUGGGUGCUGCCAACGAUGUACAAGCCAAAAAGGCGAGAUGUGUGGAGGAGAAUAUAAUGAUUUCGGUAAUUGUGAUCCCGAUAAAGAUCUGGUCUGCAAUUAUGCGUCUUACUUUAUACUGCCCGACGGAGAAGUCAUUGAUGAGAUGCUUGAUCCAUCCUACCCUGGAACCUGCAUAACAUCCAAAGAACAAGAAGAUAUUUUCAAUAUCAUUGCCGUUGGGUACGUGUAGCAUACCUUCAGAAACAAUUAAAGAAAAAGAAUAUAGAAAAAAUGCAUUGACCAAAUUAAAAAUACACAAUGGCAAACUGAAGUUA